UAGCCUUUCUCGAUAAAUAGCCUCCCCAGCUUUAAAAUAUUUUUCUAUUGAAACCGGUACCUGAGAUCAGCGCGUUCAGACAAACUCUUCAGCAGUAUAGAUAGUAAUGUUAAUUUUACAUGUGGCAACAUUUUUUUAUAAUAUUUCUUUCUUUUCCUUUUUCUGUAGCGUGCGUGGCGUUUAGUGUGAGGUUUAUAACUUUAAAUUAUUAAAUUAACUUUGCAACUUAACUAAAAUGGGAGAUCCUUACGCUUCGGGUGGCGAUUAUAGCGGAGGUGGUUAUUCGACUCAGUAUUCUGUGCCGCCGCCUUCAAUGGCUUCUGGUGAAAACAAUUAUAGUGGUAGCCAGGGAGGCUAUAACCAAAGUGGUUAUUCUGGCCAAAACCAAGGCCAAGAAUGGAAUCAACAAGGUUCAGGCGGGAAUUCAUAUGGGAAUAAUCAACAAGGUUCCAACUACGGUCAGAAUUAUGGCGGUAACUACGGCGGCGGCGGUAAUUAUGACCGCAAUAACGAAGGUUAUAAUGUAAGCGGAGAUGACCGAGGCGGUAACAAGUACGGAGGAAAUGACCGUGGGGGCUAUGGUAGUGAUCGCGGGGGUAGCAGCUAUUCUGGAGGAGGGUAUGGAGGUGACCGCUCAAGCAACUACAAUAGAGAUGGGGGGAAUAGAGACGGUGGUUAUGGUGGCGGCGGCAGGGGGGGUGGUUUUAACAAAGGUGGAGGCGGCGGCGGAUUCGGAGGAGAUCGCGGUGGGGGUGAUAUGGUAACACAAGAAGAUACAGUGUUCAUCCAAGGUAUGAAUCCAUCUACGACUGAAGAAGAACUAUGUCAACAUUUCGGAUCCAUUGGUAUUAUUAAGACUGACAAGAAAACCCAACGACCAAAAGUUUGGAUGUAUAAAGACAAAGCCACGGGAUUACCAAAGGGUGAAGCCACCGUAACCUAUGAAGAUUCGAACGCAGCAUCCUCGGCUAUUCAAUGGUUUGAUGGGAAAGACUUCAAUGGAUCUACAAUAAAAGUUUCUCUCGCACAACGACAAAACACCUGGGGCGGUGGAAAAGGAGGCGGAGGUGGAGGAUUCCGUGGCGGUCGUGGUGGUGGUCCCGGUGGGGGUGGCCGUGGGGGAGGCAGAGGUGGGGGCGGUGGCAUGGGUGGCGGACCGCCUUCAGGAAACCGAGAGGGUGAUUGGAGAUGUCCAAAUCCUACUUGUGGAAACACAAACUUUUCUUGGAGAAAGGCUUGCAACAGAUGUAACGAAGAAAAGCCUGGAGGAGGCGGUGGCGGUUCAGGUGUAGGAGGUGGAAAUGGUGGUGGCGGUCGUGGCGCUGGGGGACCACCAGGUCGUGGCGGUCGCGGAGGUGGAGGUCGUGGCGGCGGCGGUGGUGGUUGGGGCGGUCGCGGCGGAGAGCGCGGCGGCUCCCGUGGAGGCGGCAGGGACGGUGGCGACCGACGCGGUUAUGGACCUGGCGGCGGAGGCGGAGGCGGCGGCGAUCGCGACCGCAACACCGGCGGAGGCGCUAUGCGAGGGGAUGGCGGGGCCCGAGAUCGGCAAAGACCAUACUAGAAGAUUACCGAUAUUUUUUAUUUUUAAUUAUUAUUUUAAGAUAUGUAAUUUCAAUCUGACUGAAUUUUAGGCUUCACUAGUUCUAUUGUGUUAAUUGACUAUAAGUAUUAAUGAUGCAACAUUCACUCAAGUGUAUGAAUUGACCUUAUGACUUGCCUCUAUUAAAAAAUAGAAAUAAACAAUAUUCCAUAAGUCAAUGUAAUAUUAGUAGUAUUUUUAUAGAAACAUGUAUCAUGUUAAAAUAAAUAGUUCAUAGCGGGAUCAACUGUAUAUUAUCACAGACAUGAAAUUAUAUGGACAUUCACAAUGUUCGAAGCAUAUAUCGUAGCUUCAGUGAAACAAGGGCACAGUUGUUAAAAAAAUAUAUAAAAAAUCAGUAUUCCAAUUCGCCUAAAAAACAUCCUUUUAUUUGGAGGAAUAAAGUCACCCAUCAAGUUCAGUCUCAUUUCUAUUACAUUCAUAUGCUGCCGUGACAAAAUCUUAUUGGUUAGUUGCGACAUUGUCCACGCGCAUCCAAUUGUGCCCUUGUCUUACCGAAUGUACGAUAUGUAAUAAUAAUACGUAUUGUGGUUUGCGUGCUCCAAAGGUUUCAAAUAUAUAAUAUGUAUUUGGAUAUUUAAAUAGAUUGCCGUCUUGCUACAUAUUUCAUAGAAAUAAUGUUUUUUGUAUUACGGUGGUAAUUAUGUAUUUCUUGGCAUAUAUAUACUUAGUCUUAUAAUGGAGUAUGUUAACAAAAUUCUAAAUAGCGCAAUAGAAUACAGGAUAUUGUAACAUAUUAAAUGAAAUAAAUAUUUGAUAAUUGUAA